CUGCUCUUUACUCUUCACAAUCUUUACUCAUUCUCUAUAUAGUACCAAGCUCUAUUACAACCAUAUAGCAACAAAAAUCAUUUAGCAGAAAAAAAGAACUACUCCCUCCGUCCCCCUCAAUUGUUUACAGCUGAAACUAUGUCGGAACAUCAGAAGAUUCACCCUGUGCAAGACCCCGAGGCGGCGAUACAGCAGCAGCCCACAGCACCAUUAGUCUCUAGAGACGCCUCACGAUCCGACCAAGGCGAUCCGGUGCAGCACUUCCCUCCUCCGCUAGCCCACACAGCAGGCUCAAAAAUACCAAGAAAGAAGAGAAGAAGUUGUUUCACAAGGUGCUUAUGUUGGUCUUUAUGUGUACUUCUUGUAAUAUUAACCAUCUUGGCCAUACUAGCUGGAGUCAUUUUCUUGGUCUUCCGACCAAAAGCACCAAAAUACUCAGUGGACAGCAUUCGAAUUACUCAAUUUGCGCUUAACAAUGACUUGAGCUUGUCAGCUUCAUUCAAUGUGAAUGUCACAGCUAGAAAUCCUAAUAAGAAGAUUGGGAUUUACUAUGAAGGAGGGAGUCCUAUUAGUGUGUGGUACACGGGGACAAAACUAUGUGAAGGGUCAUGGCCAAAGUUUUACCAAGGUCAUCGUAACACCACCGUGUUGAACUUGCCAUUGACAGGGAGAGCUGUGAACGCGGCUGAUCUGUUAAGGUCAAUUCAGCAGGAACAAUUAACAGGAAGGAUUCCUCUCAAUGUUCGGGUUAGAGUACCAGUGAGGAUCAAGCUUGGGAAGUUGAAGUUAAUGAAAUGGAAGUUCUUGGUCAAGUGUAGGCUUGUGGUGGAUACUUUAGCUGCAGAUAACGUUAUCAGGAUAUCAGAGAGGAGCUGUAAGUUUAGGUUUAGGUUAUAGAUUUGAUAUCAUCCUAUUCCCUUUUAGGGUUCCUUUUCUUUUAUGCUCAGAUUUUUGGUCACUUCACAGUUCACAUAUAUAUUUUCCUCCUUGGUUUUUAGUAGAAUAAGUGGAGGAUUACAGUGAUUCUUUUUUGGCUUGUAUCUUAUUACUUUGUAAUUAUACGUCUGCACUUUCUCUGUAUACCAGUCUGUUGAUUGUAUACCUUGUAGAAAAUAUACUGAUGAUUUAUAAUUUA